AUGGAGCAGCAGACGAAGGGUCACGCGGUGAUGGCGGUGGCGGCGGCGGCGGCUGCUGCCCAAGGACCCAGGCGCCACGGGUUGGUCGACUUGACUCCGCAUUCCUCAGCCGCCGCACCAGGAACAAGUGCGACAGGGCAAGGGGGAGCUGCGGCAGCACCGCCAGAAGGAGGAGAAGCCAACGGGGCGCCGGAGAACGGCGUCGGGAAAAGGGCGAAACCGAUUACGAGAAAAACGCCGGUGCCGCUGUGGAAAGCCAGGGACAUCCUCCUACAAGCGGUCAGCGACAGCGGCGGCGAGUCGGAGUUCCUGCAGGCCCACUCGGCGUUUUCAUCAAUAUAUCGGGGGAUGGGGAGGGAAAGAAGGAGCCCUCCUGUCAGCGGCGAAGACGUCGGAGACGACUUUGAGCACGUCUUCUCGAUACGGCUAGAGGUGCGUUCGUCUCAUGCGCAGGCGGGCAAGUCGGGGGGGGUCGUGGAUGCUUCUCUGUGGGCAUGGGUAUAG